ACCAUUCCAUGUAUUCAGAGAGAAGGUCGUUCCCCGUCUGUCAUCCAGCUGCGCAAUUUAGAGAAAUGGCGGUAGGCGUAAAGGCGACGGAGUCGGUCAUAACGGUAGGUUUAGGUUGACUGAAAAAUAAUUAAUUACUUUUUACACAAGAAAGUCUACACGACGCGAUUUUCACGGACUUCAACAUACUUUAUCGAUUCCAAGAAGGCAAUGAAAACUGCUUUUUGACAAUUUACAGCCCUAGCCCUUUUCCACUUUGCACGGAGUCCAUAACACAGAGGUUUGCGGAGACCAACAUAUCUUUCGAAGAUGCAGAGUUCCAAUAACACUGCCCAUGCCAGGAGGGCAGUCCAGCAGCUGAAAAUAGAAGCCAGCAUUGAGAGAAUUAAGGUGUCCAAGGCCUCAGCAGACCUGAUGCACUACUGUGGAGAACAGGGUAAAUAUGACCCUCUACUCAUGGGUAUCCCAGCCUCUGAAAACCCCUUCAAAGACAAGAAGCCAUGCACUAUAUUAUAGUAGCGGAACAGCUGAAUUCUCUUCGCUUUUUUAUUUGUAUUCUUUUAUAGUGAGAAAUAUACAACGUUAAUACCGGUACACUAUUUGCCUUAAGGCCAGCCCAGUCCCACUCCCCAUGUUUCCUUGUACUUUAGGUUGAUUUCAAAAUGUUACCUUAGGGCCUUUAAACAAGUGCCAUUUUGGUAGAAUCAGAAUUAUUGGUACUCUCUCUCCAUCAGACACAACAAUUAAUUUGUGGCCCAGAAAAAAAGCUUUUAGUUUAGUUCAGUCAGUCAUGAAUAGAUAAGAGCUCAUUCUGAGGCUCAUCUCAACAGAGACUGGUGUUCUUUCAGAUUGUUACCGUAUGUUAUGCAGACUAAAGACCAGCUGGGUUUGAACAGGGGGUUCCCAACUGUGUCACGUUAACACUAAAACAGUUCCUUUAAAAUGUACAUCAACUUACUGGCAGCAAAUGUAUUUUACAGUACAGCUACUGUAAUCCAUGUUACUGUAAUCCAUUUUACAGUACCACAAAUGUUACUGUAAUCCAAUUUACAGUAUAUUACUGGAAUUACCCAUGCAGUAACAUAUAUAUCCAGUGUUCUUUGCAAGUUUUCAUUUUUAGAUUUACAUUUUGGUCACUCUUGACCUUAGCAGCUUACAGUCAGUGCAUUCAACCAAGGUUGAUAAAAAAACACAUAUCACAGUCAUAGCAAGUAAAAAGUAUCUUUAAACGUAGAUACCAUUUUAUGUCUCUGUGUCCAGUAUGAAGGGCGUUUAAAGGUAGUUUCGCGAGCCAAUGCUAACUAGCGUCAGCACAAUGACUGGAAAUCUAUGGGUAAACUGACAGGGCGAAACAGAUCAAAAGACAGGGCUAGCUACUCAACCAUGAAUGGUUUUGAGACUUGCUGCCACUCUGAUCUACCCCUAUAUACAUUUAAUUGUUAGGGAACCACUACCACCUAUCACUUGGCACAGCACUCUCACUAAUGGGUGCAACAAAUAUAGCCGCUUACAAGACACUCCUCAAAAUAUAUUAAUGAGUGAGAAACAACAAUACCAUAAACCAGUUAGUGUUCAAAAGGUUUUUGGCUCUCCAAAAAUACGGUAUUGGUAAUGUAUUAUAAAUUACAGUAAAUUACUGGUAGCAAUUGGCCAGUAAGGUUUGUAGAAUUUCUAAAAUACAGUAUAUUGCCGUAUUCUGUAGGGGUACAGCAUUCUCACUCAUUGGUGCAACAAAUAUAGCCUCUUACAAUUUACGUUAUUUUACUGUGCACUCUACAAUGUUUUACUGUUGAAAUUACAGAAAAGUCUUAGUGUGCUGUAAAACAAAUGCAUCGUAUUUUACUGUGCCUUCUAUGAUAAUCUACUGUAUUCAGUUUAUACAGUAUCAUACUGUUGAUUAAUACAGUAAGUUACAGAUAAAAUUACAAAAACAUCUAACAGUGCACAUCAGCUAGAGCAUAAAUAAUGUCAAUGGCCCUAAAGCAUUGCAGUUGCACCACACUAGUUAAACCUUUAAGCUCCUGAUUGCGUCAGUCAGUCCCCACACAGUAGCUUCUUUGGAAAACAAUCAGUCUAGUUUGAAUGCUGCUGAUAAGCUUGUAAUAACCCUGUUAUGUAAAUCAGCCAGUCCCAUGACACAGGAGUACACUAACCAGUGCUGAUGGGCUGGUAAACCACUGUAUGCCUUUGUUCCAAAUGGCAUCCUAUUCCCUAUAUAGUGAACUACUUUUGACCAGAGCCCUAUGGGCCCUUGUUAAAAGUAGUGCACUAAAGGGAAAAGGCUGCCAUUUGGGACUGACAUGUGAAUGCCCCAUCAAAACAAGAGAGGGCAGGCUGGCCAAAAGGUCAUGGCCUCUGUGACAAAUUAACACACUCUCAAAGGGUGCCUGUCAUUCUGUAAGGGAAAACAUCUAGCUUGCAUAAACAGGGCCUGAAGAAGGUUAAAGCAUGACCACUUCACCAUGUUUAACAAGCAUUGUUUUGUUUCUGCAAAGACAAUGUCAGAGAUCGUUUUGUUUUCAGGCGUGGGUAGAGGGUGGGGGGUAUCAAAUCAGACUAUCCCACUUCUAUGUAUUUGUUAUGAAACUCAGACUAACCUUUGCCUUAGAAACCAACCUUUGUGACUUUGCAUAGUUGUCUUGCUUGUAUGUGGUACGGUAGAUAGAUAAUGUAGUAUCAAUAUGAAGUACUGCAGACCACGGUACACUAAUAUUAUGUAACCCUUUAAAUGAGUGUAAUAUGCCUUACGUUGAUGUAAAAGAUGUUGGUCCAUAAUGUUAUCUCUACAUAGCUGAAGCAGAGGAGGUAAGAUCCGUCUGUGCCAUCACAAUGACAUCUAUCCAAUGUAUCAGCAUCAGAGGAAGCAUACUGUACUAUCCUGAGUGCCAGUCUGCAUGUGCUAUCAUGCAAACUCCUUGUGACUCAUUUUCUUCGCAAACAAUUGUGAAAACUAGGGAAUAAGCAAGAGCACAAACCGAUCUGGUACCAGGCUAGAAAUGUACAGGUUUUCUGAUUGUAUUUUAAUUGCCAGUACUUUUAGUGUUUCACUCUGAUUAGUAUUUAAUUGAUACAUGUACGACUUCUAUCCUGAAAGGGAUCCUGUGAUCAAUCGUGAACUUUGUGUAGACUGUUAUUAUGAUUUCUUCUUGAGUUUUAACAUUCCAUGUUUACAAUAACAAUACAAUAAUCAUUUCUUAUUUCAUGCUCUCACAAUGGUCAUGAUGGUCACAAUGGUUGAAUAGUUGUUAAUGUGUGUGGGAGUAUGCAUUCGUGGAAGUGUACCUGUGUGACUUUGCACGCGACUGGCAAAAGCAACUCGGUAACCAUUGUCAUGUUCAGUAGGGCAUACUGUAGCUAAAACUAAAACUAUCGUUUCUUAUUAGACAAGUUCAGGUAGUACCUCCCUGGUUCACUUCGCUUUGUACCCAAUGAACACGACCCAGCUUAACCAUCCAGGGCCUUAAUAUUGAAGUAGUCUCGCUUCGGCAUCUCACCGCUACCUUUCAGCCACAGUCCUCAAACAACACUAGGAUAAUGCUGUGAACAAUGGAAUCACUACAUUCCCGGUGGAUGCAGGGAGCGAGCACUUCUAUGCUGUAAUUUUUGUUGUUGUUAGCUAUUCAAAUAAUAGAGACUGACUAUUAUUUGGAUGGUCAACUGACCGCCAGGGAGACAGGCUGCAGCACCAAUUAAAAUGUUCCCACACCACAUGGUAUGCUAUUUGUCUACAUAUUCUGGGCAAUCUCAGCAACCCAGAACCAAAGAUCUCACAUUCUACUAUUUAUGUUAUGCUCACACCACAAGAUAUUAUAUUCUGUGUGGCUUUGAAGGCUUUUUUGAAGUUGCGUGUUGCUGGAUGAUGUCUUUCUACACUUGCUUCUUCUCACUGUCACAGUAUGUCACUGCAAUCACAUGCUGAACUUCAGUUGAAUCUAGACUCUGUAUAUGUGUCAACACUUUUUUUCUUCUCCUUGACGAUAAAUUGAUGAUAAUACAGCAGGGGAGAGCGAGGUAUGUUGUCACACUUUUCACGAUGUCUAACAUUUACUGGGCACAAUACAUCACAAUUGAAAUGAAUGUCAUACAAAUGAAAGAAGGAAGUCUUGGGCACAUAUUGUAUUCAUUACAUCUUCAUAUCUUAUUUCAGUACGGAGUUGUAGACCGUAAAAUAGAGAGUGUGCACUUGUGACAAUUUGCCCCAUCAGCGGGUAAAUUGUCACACUACGUCGGGUAAGUUGUCCCAUUGCAUCAUCAACAAAUAAGAACACAACUAAUUCAUUGUGAAUAUUGAUUUUAAUUUCAAAUUCAAAACCAAAUUCAACUUCAUUAAAGAACACAAAUUAAAAACUAUCAUGCCUUUCAUUCAAAACAAUAAUGCUGGCAGAGCACACAUUAAGUGCCACGACCACUUUACUUUGAACUUUGAAAUCGAACGUUCUCUGGCGUGCACAUAGAUCCACGGUAAUUGUUGGAAUCGGAAUGGAAUGGAAUGCUGCAGAUAACUUGCUUAAAUGUUUAAAAUCUUAACAAAACAGACGUGGUGUUUAAACACACUAAUGCACUAAUUCACAGUUUUGCAAACUGAACAACCUAUGCGACGUACAUCCGUAUCUGACUAAUCAGACUCCUCUUCAGAGUCACAGUUCUGGCACACAUAAAUUGCCUGGCCUGAGGUGCAAGCAUCAUGGGCCCAUUUGUUGCAUCUCACACACUUCACCCAAGUCUCCUUUGGAAGGCUGUUUGAAAAUGGCUCCACUCAGACGAGGCAGAAGCACUCCUCUUCAUCUGAUGACUCUUCUAUGAUUUUUUUUCUUUUUUUAGCUGCCUUGUUCUUUUCAGAUCCAGAUUUUGACUCCCCCCUUGCUUCCCUUUCUUCGGAAACAGCCUUUUGCUAGAUUGUGCCUUAUUCUUUUCCAUUUCUAGUACCUGCUUCACUGGUGUCAUUUAGAAUUGCUGUUUUGCACCGUUUUCUUCCUUUGCAAGCUGAUUUUCGGGGGCCAGCUUUUGCAUAUGGUCGAAUAUCCUCUGGAGUUGGUAGUCCGCUGUCAGCAAUGGCAUUGCUUGGCAAGGGUGAGCUGGUGCUAGCAUAAGAACUGGGCGGGUCUGUGUCUGAGCCUGUGCUAUGCAGGGCUAGAAUAGUGCUGGGGCCUGGCAGGUUGGUGCUGGGGCCUGGCAGGGCUGGAAUGUUGCUGGGGCCUGGCAGGGCAGGGUUGGUGCUGGGGCCUGGUAGGGUUGGGUUCUGAAUGGGGCAAUCUUUAACGUAGGAUGGGGCAAACUCGGUUUCCAGAAAUACAUCCCUGUUGUAAGGUUGUACCCCAGCCAGCCUAAAGCCAGCCUGAAUGUUCAAGCCUGAAUGUUGCAGCCAGAGGAUAGGCGAUUGCCACAAUCCCAGGAAUGUCAUAAAUUGAUAUUGUCUCCCCGGGAUUGUUCCUCAUCCGGCAUCACACGUGGUGUUGAUGUGCCUCUUUAGCGGCCCGUAGACAGACCUGUCUAAGGGUUGAAGCCGAUGAGAGCAAUGGGGUGGGAAUGACAGCAUAAUUAUGCCAUUUUCUUUGGCAUAAUUGAGUCCAUCAAUGGACAGAUGAGACUUGUGGUUUUGUCCAAAAGGAGUUAACAGAGCUUCUCCUUUGAGCAUUUCAUAUGCUCGACAAAAUGUUUCAGGAAGUCAACAAAGUGCACAUCUUUCAUUCACCCAGCGGGAUUUGCCCCUCCUUUGCUGCCAGAUGGCCCGUUGAUCAGGAAAUGAUUGCGGAAGUUGACACAAGGGAAUAUAAAAUAUGGAGGUAUACUAUUCCUUGUGGCUGAGGCAGCACAGACCAGUGUGACGAGGGUUCCCCUUUGAGCGGAGGUCAGUGACCCUACUUGUUUGAAUCCACGUCUGCCCACCACUUUGCCAGGUUUAUGUACAGUGGUCGCCCCAGUUUCAUCGACAUUCCAUAUGUCUCCUGGUCCAAAUUGAUAUCGCUGUAGCAAUUCUGCUACAUUGUCGAAGAAAGCAUUAACAUUUUCUCUGUUGAAGCUACUUGCCCUGUCAAGUGCUGUUGUGUGUGCCUCUGGCUUUCUCAACGACAGCGCUGGGUGCUGCUUUAAGAAGCCUGUAAACCACUCUGAGCUGGUCUUUUCUUUUUCUGCCCAGAUUGGUGCGAACUUCAGCUGGUGUGCCACAGCAAACUGGUAGGCAAGUCUUCUGACCUCACUUGGCGACAGACCAAAAUAAAUGUCAGCUGACCUAGUAAUAUACUGAACAAGCUGCAUCUCCAAAUCAGGUGAUAAAACCUGCCGUGGCUUUGAAUAGCCAACCAGUGUUGUUGGCAUGGCUGUCUGGCUUUCAACUUCUUCUCUGGUAACCUUUAGAAAAUACAGAGUCAGAUUACGGUAAUUUAUGUAAAAAUCCUUCGCUGUACUCCUGAUUGAUUUGUUCUGAAACUUCACCUGCCUCACUGCCUUUAACAUUAUGCCAGGUGGUGUGCUGACAUUCUGUCUUUUAUCGUUUCUAACCAUCUUUCUUUCCUUCCCCUCUUUCUUUCCUUCCUUCCUUUCUUCUUUCCUCCAAAAACACAUUUACUCAUUGCAAUAAUAUAUUCAUUACAGGCUUAUUAUGACCACCUCCCUGUCUACUAUCCUUGUUGCCACAUUGCAAUUCAUAACACCACACUAAAUUCAUAACUGUGUGUGUGUGUGUGUGUGUGUGUGUGUGUGUGUGUGUGUGUGUGUGUGUGUGUGUGUGUGUGUGUGUGUGUGUGUGUGUGUGUGUGUGUGUGUGUGUGUGUGUGUGUGUGUGUGUGUGUGGAUAUACUGUCUCAUACAGUAGGCAUGUAGUGUGUUAGUAGAUACACGCGCACACACACCACACACACACAAGCCAGAGCCUGUCUUCUGUAGUCCAGGGAUAUGUCUGCUGCUCUAUGUAUAUAUAUUAAUCCAUUUAUGGUAACAUGUAAUACUACUAUCAGAGCUGAUUACACAAUAUCACAAUUUUUUUAAGCGUGUUCUAUGUGUCUAUGUAUACUGGGGCAAGUUGUCACAUGUGAAGACUUGCCCCAAGGUCAUUAAAACAACUUGCCCCAAACUGACGUGUGCUAAUGUUGGCUAAAUCUCAAGGUUAGCCCAACACAGGACUGCAGCUAAAGUAUCAAAAGACAAGUUAAUGUCUCCUCUACUCAGUGCAAAAUUAUAAUUUUUAACAUUCAUACCUAACAAAGUUUUAUUGCAUAAAAUGUAAAGUGACAAUUUUUUACUUUUGAAGCGGAAAAAUAAGAAACUUGUGCUCACCUCAGAUUAGAGUGACCUUGACCACAUGUGAACAGGAAGUUGACCAUAGAACAUGUAGUCACACAAAGUAGCUAUUUGAUUUUUUUUAGAUAGCGCCUCUAGUGUUGGAGGUAUGAACAGUUUGACAACUUACCCGUGUGACAACUUAACUCGCUCUACCCUAUAUGUUAUUUUGAUGUAUGUGUUCUAUUUGAUUUUUGCUGACUCAAUUGAUGUUGCAAAUGGAUUUUACAGUUUUAAAGCGAACAUUUUUUUUUCACUCUGUGACAAAUAACGAUACUGGAUUUGGUCUCUGGUACAUAUUGUCCAUGUGGAUGUUUUUCCUGUGUCAUGUAAUUUUUGCAUUUUAUUCCCAAUUUUGACACCUUAUAUUUGUAGAUGUUAAUAAAGGUCUUUAAACACAUGA